AUGGAUUUUGUGAUGAAGCAAGCACUGGGUGGGGCCACCAAAGACAUGGGGAAGAUGCUGGGUGGAGAGGAGGAGAAAGACCCUGAUGCUCAGAAGAAAGAGGAAGAGAGGCAGGAGGCGCUGAGGCAGCAGGAGGAGGAGAGGAAGGCCAAACACGCCCGUAUGGAGGCGGAGAGGGAAAAAGUCCGACAGACCAUCAGGGACAAGUAUGGGCUGAAGAAGAAGGAGGAGAAAGAGGCUGAGGAGAAAGCUGCCAUGGAGCAGGCUUGUGAGGGCUCCUUGACACGUCCGAAAAAGGCCAUUCCGGCCGGCUGCGGAGACGAUGACGAUGACGAGGAGAGCAUUUUGGACACCGUUCUCAAAUUCCUGCCUGGACCUCUGCAAGACAUGUUUAAGAAGUAA